UACCACCCGCAAACACAGCUUUUACGGUUGAUAACGGUUGUUGUCGUUUUACAACAAUUACUCAGAGUUUUAAACCGCUUCAAACUGUUCAAAACUUUGUAAAUUCAAAAGGGGGUUUCAACUAGUGUUUGCGGUUGCAGGUGGUUACAGGAAGAUAAAUUUUUUUCUUUUUAAAAAAAAAAUAUAAAUACAAAAAUAAAAAUAUUCAAUAAAAAUUUUAAAUUAGAAUUAUCAAAAUAGUAAAUAUAUAUAUAUUAUAUUUUAAUUAAUAUUAUAAAGUUAUAAAAUAAAAAAAUAUUUUCUAUAAUUUUAAAAAAUUUAAAACUAUAACUUUCUAAAUAUAUAUAUAUAUAUAUAUAUUAUAAUAUUAUGAUUUUGAUAUUUUUAUAAUUAUAUAAAAUAUAAAUAUUGUUAAUUUAUUACUCCUUCUGUUUCAUAAUAAGUGUCAUUCUAACAUUAUGUGUAACCCUUUACAAUUUUAAUGCAAAUAAUACUUACUUUCAGCUGAAAAAUAAUUGCAAACUGCAGUGAUUUUAUAUAAUAAUUUUAUUUAUCUCAAAUACUAUUGGUUAGAGAAGUGUAAUUAAUAUUUGACCAAAAAAAAAGAGAAGUGUAAUUAAUAUUUGACCAAAAAAAAAGAGAAGUGUAAUUAAUAACAACUUGCAUAUAUUUUAGCAACUUUCUUAAUAUGUAUGAAAAAUAUCAUUGUGACACUUAUUCAGAAACAGAGAGAGUAUCUAACUGUUACUACAUUUAGUAGUUAAUCAGUCAUAAGUAUCCUACAAACACACCAAUUUCUGACCGCAGACCCAAUCGUACAAAUCUUUUAAAACUGCUAGAAACCGCAACCACCCGCAUCCGCAAACUCCUGCAACUGCAAUCGCAACCGCUGCGUUCGAACCGAUCAGAACCUAAUUCUUUUGUAAGUCAAUAAUUUAAACUAAUCUUUCUCAAAGUAACUUUUUAACACAUCAUAAAGUCAAACAAGCUGCAUUGGACGAUUGAUAAAUUGUAAAGUUGUAAACUAUCAAUGAGCCAGAGAUUUGUAUUAUCCGGAUCCCAUGCAUGAUCUAUUUGCAACUGCUCAAGUAACUAUCAAGUCCCCUAGACACGAAGAUCACCACUCGAAACCAGAGCCUUUUGGCAACAAGGCAUGAAGAAAGUAGUCAAAAUCACUCUUCGGGGAUCCGUUUAGUAGUAACUAGUACAUACAGUUAUUUCACUAUUUACUCGUAAAAUCGCCUGGAAGGCUGGAACUUUCGACCACACCUGACUUGUGGUCUACACAAUUAACUUCAAAAUGCAUCCCUAACGUUAUCCAGCAUGGUUAGACCAAUUCAAGGAGAGCAUAGAAAAAAAAACUUUUUGUUGAAAAAUAAAUAAAAUAUGGGGGCUAAAAUUAGAGAGCUCUUCCGUUAGACAAUUAGGUGAAAUAAACCCUAAAUUAAGACAAACGUAGCGCACAAGACAAAACAAAACCUCUCUGUCUCUUGUCUGAAUCCAAAAAUAAGCGAAAGAGCAAAACGAAAAAAAAAAAACAGAGCUUCUCAAUCUGUCAAGAUGAACCAGACCUACAAAAAAAUUGAGAUUGUCGUUACUAAAACUUCUUCUCCCGUUUUCUCUUAUCUCGAGAAACUGUCUAUCUACCCUUUCCACCCGCCGUUGCCGAGAGAGACGGCGGAGUUAAAGUGGGUGGAGAAGAAGAAGAAGUGAUAACAGAGGAUUUUGAAACCAAUUCCAUCGAUGUUAUUCUUCAUUGUCGUAACCAGAAGCUGCGCAACUGCAUAUGAAAACACCCCUUCUUCUGCGCGUUUUAUGAUCACGCGCCGCCUUGUCGGUGAUGCAACUUUAUGUCUCCACCGCUCAUUUCCUCACGUGGGUUUCAUUCAUUGUACUAUUAACGACAGUGGCUUCGAAGCCUCUCCUCUUCUGUCAACCUCAACACCAACAAGUUGUAAACCCUAGACGCCACGUGGACUUCCUCCGAGCAAUGACUUCCGUCGACGAACUCAUAACCAAACACAAACUCUACGUCGAGUCUUCCUUCACCGACGUAUCCCCACCGAUCUACGUGCUCCUACAAUGCCGGCAAGACCUCUCCGCCUCCCACUGUCGCCGUUGUUUCAACGACAGCAAACUAAAGCUCGAGGAGACAUGUUCGAGCUCCAACUCCGGCCGUGUCCACGGUGACAACUGCUUCUUACGUUUCGAUAACAGAGACUUCUCGGAGGAUUUCGUCGAUCCAAGAUUCGACCGAACCAAGUGCAAGAGAACGGGACCAGUUGUUGAUAAAUUCUGGAUAGAUCUUGAUGAGGCUUUUGUGAAUGCGACACUUAAAGCUGUUAAAAAAGGAGGCUUUGGCGCAGCUUCGGUGAGUCCAGCUGGUGGGAGCCCGGGCGUUUACGCUUUGGCUCAGUGUUGGCAAAGACUUGAUGGUAACUCGUGUAGAGAUUGUUUGGUUAAUGCUAGGUCGAGCUUGAGAGCUUGUCAAAGUCAUGAAGCUAGAGCUUUCUUUACAGGGUGUUACUUGAAGUAUUCUACACGCAAGUUUUUUGACGAUGCUGCUGUACUUAAACUCGACGAUGAUGAGAGAAGCUUUAUAAAUUCGUCGUACUUACCAGAUUUGAGUGAUCAAGAUGUUAUGAAACUAGCAGUUGCUGCGUUUUCAUUGUCGAUUCUUACUUCUCUUGGUGCAUUCAUCAGUUACAAACGGUUUUCAAGGAAGAGAAAAGCUCAAAUACCAUCGUGUUCUAAUUUCAAAUACGAGGUGCUUGAGAAGGCAACGGAGUCUUUCCAUGACUCGAUGAAGCUAGGACAAGGAGGAGCAGGUUCUGUGUACAAAGGGAUUCUCCCUGAUGGCAGAGUCGUUGCGGUUAAGAAACUCUUCUUCAACACUCGUGAAUGGGCGGAUCAGUUUUUCAACGAAGUGAAUUUGAUCAGCAGAGUUGAACACAAGAACCUUGUGAGACUACUUGGUUGCAGCAUCGAAGGUCCAAAGAGUCUUCUUGUCUAUGAAUAUGUUCAAAAUAGAAGCCUCGACCAAAUCCUCUUCAUGAAGAACACAGUCCACAUAUUGAGCUGGAAGCAGCGGUUUACCAUAAUUAUAGGAAUAUCAGAAGGUUUAGAAUACCUUCACAGAGGAUCUGAAGUGAAAAUCAUCCAUAGAGACAUCAAAACCAGCAACAUUCUCCUUGAUCAAAACCUGAGUCCCAAGAUAGCUGACUUUGGACUCGCACGUUCGUUAGGCACUGACAAAACGCAAACCAAUACUGGUAUCGCUGGAACACUGGGUUAUUUGGCUCCUGAGUAUCUCAUCAAAGGCCAACUAACUGAGAAAGCUGACGUUUACGCAUACGGAGUUCUUAUCAUUGAGAUAGCAACUGGCAAGAAAAACAAUGCAUUCUCGCAAGGAACAAGCUCGGUUUUACACUCUGUAUGGGAACAUUUCAAAGCAGACACUCUAAAAAGCUCGGUAGAUCCAAGGUUAAAAGGGAUGUUCACAGAGGAAGAUGCCUUGAAGGUUCUUGAAAUUGGAUUGCUGUGUGUUCAGUCUUCAGUAGAAUUGAGACCGUCGAUGUCUGAGAUAGUCUACAUGUUAAAGAACAAUGAUUGUAAGUUUGACUCUCCAAGACAGCCUCCAUUCUUGAGUGCCAGUGUUCUCAUGGCUGAUGAGGAGACUAGAGACUAG